UCGGAGCGCUGUGGGUCUCCGAAGUCACCCUGUCCAUCUCCUGCCUUUCCCCGCGCCAGGGGCUUCCAGCUGGAGAAGGUGCUCCGCGCUCCGAUCAGAGGCGAGUACGACCCAUGGCUGCGCUGAGGUGGACGCUGCUGGGGAUGCGAGCGGCCGGCCGUGGCCUCUGCCCACGCGGGGCCAGAACCAAGGCCGCUAUCCCUGCCGCCCUCCCCGCGGAUAAGGCAGCCGCGGCUCCCGUAGCCGGGCCUGGCGGCAGGCGGCGACUACGAAACCCAGAGGAGCUUCCAAGUGUGGGGCGGCUGCGCUUCUUAUUUCAGCUGUUCGUGCAAGGCUACGCUCUGCGCCUGCACCAGCUCCAGGUGCUGAACAAGGCCAAGUAUGGUCCCAUGUGGAUAUCCUACCUAGGGCCUCGGAUGUUUGUGAACCUGGCCAGUGCCCCACUCAUGGAGCAAGCGAUGCGGCAAGAGGGCAAGUACCCAGUACGCAAUGACAUGGAGCUGUGGAAGGAGCACCGGGACCUGCACGGUCUGUCCUACGGACCCUUCACCACGGAGGGACAGCAUUGGUACAAGCUGCGCCAGGCUCUGAACCAGCGGUUGCUGAAGCCAACUGAGGCUAUGCUGUAUACGGAUGCUCUCAAUGAGGUGGUUGAUGACUUUAUGAUUCGACUGGACCAGCUUCGGGCACAGAGCACUUCGGGGGACCAUGUGCCUGACGUGGCUCACUUCUUCUACUACUUUGCCUUGGAAGCUAUUUGCUACAUCCUGUUUGAGAAACGUAUGGGCUGCCUGGAGCAAUCCAUCCCUGAGGACACCGCGACCUUCGUCAGAUCUGUUGGGCUCAUGUUCCAGAACUCAGUCUAUGCCACCUUCCUUCCCAAGUGGACCCGUCCCCUGCUGCCCUUCUGGAGGUGGUACCUGGAUGGUUGGAACAUCAUCUUCUCCUUUGGGAAGAAGCUGAUUGAUCAGAAACUCAAGGAGGUGGAGGCCCAACUACAGACAGCAGGGCCAGAUGGGGUCCAGGUGUCUGGGUACCUGCACUCCCUGCUGACCAGCGGGAAGCUCAGUCCUCAUGAUGCCUUGGGCAGCCUGCCUGAGCUGCUUCUUGCUGGAGUGGACACGACAUCCAACACGCUGACAUGGGCCCUGUACCACCUCUCAAAGAACCCAGAGAUCCAGGCGGCCUUGCAUGAGGAAGUGGUGGGCGUGGUGCCAGCUGGGCAGGUGCCCCAGCACAAGGACUUUGCCCACAUGCCCUUGCUCAAAGCUGUGCUUAAGGAGACUCUGCGCCUCUACCCUGUGGUUCCCACAAACUCCCGGGUCAUCAUGGAAAAGGAGGUUGAAGUUGGUGGCUUCCUAUUCCCCAAAAAUACCCAGUUUGUGUUCUGCCACUAUGUGGUGUGCCGGGACUCCAGCACCUUCUCUGAGCCUGAGAGCUUCCAGCCCCACCGCUGGCUCAGGAACAGCCAGCCUGAUAGCCCCAAGACCCAACACCCGUUUGGCUCUGUGCCCUUUGGCUACGGGGUCCGGGCCUGCCUGGGCCGCAGGAUUGCAGAGCUGGAGAUGCAGCUACUACUGGCAAGGCUGAUCCAGCACUACGAGGUGGUCCUGGCCCCAGAGACAGGGGAGGUGAAGAGUGUGGCCCGCAUCGUCUUGGUUCCCAAUAAGAAAGUGGGCCUGCAUUUCCUGAAGAGACAGUGCUGAGCUGGACCCCUGCAUUCCUGGGGCUUGUCCCAGAGGUUCCAGCCCUGGCACAGUAGUUCCUGGACGCUGCCAUGUCUCAGAUGAAGAGGGAGAGAAAGAGGCUGCCAGAUUCAAGAGGCUGGAUGAACUCAGUGCGCUUCCCCAGAACCCUGAGCUUUUGUCACUUUUAUUAUUUCGAGCAACUCCCUCUCACAUAAAAGGCCACUCCCUUAUCGCAUUGCUGUCCUUGAGCACAAUAUAAAAUAAAGGAACUUUUAUUAAUUAUUGG